AUGUCUGACGAACAACCGCGCAAGAAGGUCCGCCUUACGGGUCCCGAAGACUCGAUCCCAGCAUCGCUUUCAGAAGUCGACGCCGCUGUAGCAGCACAAUUGGAGCAGGAGAAGAGUGCUGGAAUCACCGUCUUUGCUUCAGAAGCUGCUGGUUUCGGAGGUGUCGUCAAGAAGCGCUACACGGAUUUUCUGGUCAACGAGAUUUCGACAGACGGCACUGUCUUCCACCUGGACGAAUUGACUGGACCCGCCGUCAAGGCUGUCAACAAGGUCGAGAAGGACGUACAAGCAGAGGAAGAGAAGGAGAAGGCUGCCGAACCUCUCAAGGCCGAGCCUGCGUCGGUCAAGGAGGAACAGCCCAAGCCGGACAAUGCAGAACUCGACGUCAAGGAGCGCAUUCAAGAAGCCAUUGCUUCCAUUGCACCCGCCGACGUCGACACCCUCAAGACCAUCUUUGGCGAACAGACAACUACCGACAUUUGCAACCUCUACGCCAAGUCCAUUGCACGCCCGGAGCGCAAGACUAGAGACCACGGCGCUUUGCAGUCAAACGUUAUCGAGGACAAGCAGACACGUACCGAUGCUCACAUCAACGUUCGUCGCAUCUUCAACGGCCGAGUAGACACCAUGACCAAUGACGACAACACAAUCGCAAUCAAGAUUGCUGCACAGGCCAACAAGAUCAACGCUCGCGCUCUGCCUGGAUCAAAGGGAAAGAAUGCCCGUCCCAAGGGCAAGGUCGGCUGGGAGGAGCUCGGUGGUGAACAUUUGCACUUCACCCUGUACAAGGAGAACAAGGAUACCAUGGAGGUGCUUUACUGGAUCGCCAGUCAGCUCAAGCUGCACGUCAAGAACUUCCAAUUCGCUGGAACAAAGGACCGCAGAGGUGUCACUGUCCAGCGUGUGAGCGCUUACCGUAUCGCCGCCGAUCGUUUGCAGGGCGUCAACCCUACCCUUAGACAGGCUAGACUGGGUGGCUUCAAGUACAUGCCUCAAGGUCUUGAUCUAGGCGACCUCUAUGGAAACGAAUUCACAAUCACCCUUCGUGACUGCACAUUCCCUGGUCAGCAAGGAGAUGCAGCAGCUCAGCUCGAAAACGCAAAGAAAAUUACUGGUGAUGCCGUCUCGCAAUUCCAAGAGCGUGGUUUCAUCAACUACUACGGUCUCCAGCGUUUCGGCACCUUCGCCAUCUCCACAGACACCAUCGGCAGAAAAAUGUUGCGUGGUGACCUCGAAAGCGCAGUCGAAGACAUCCUCUCCUUCAGCCCUGAAGCUCUGGCAGCAGCCUCAAACUCGGAUCAAGCAUCAACCAAGAUCUCCCACGAUGACAUUGCCCGCGCCGAAGCCCUGCACAUCUGGAAGACAACAAAGAAGUCCGGAGCAGCACUCGACAAACUUCCCCGUCGCUUCCAAGCCGAAAACGCCUUGAUCAGACACCUAGGCUGGGUGGACCGCAAAUCCGGCGACCUCCUCCGCGCAAAAGACUGGCAAGGCGCCCUCCAAAACAUCCCUCGCAACCUUCGCCUCAUGUACGUACACGCCUACCAAUCGCUAGUCUGGAACACAGUAGCCGGCCGCCGCUACCAAUUGUACGGCAACAAAGUAGUCGCAGGCGAUUUAGUCCUCGUCCACGAACACAAGGACAAAGAAGCCUACGCCGUGCAAGACGAAGAAACCAUCGACGACUGCGGCGAAAUCAUCGUUCGUCCAGCCGCCCACGACACCGCUACCUCCCUCGAAGACAAGUUCGAGCGCGCCCGCGCCCUCACCGCCGAAGAAGCUUCCAGCGGCAAAUACACCAUUUUCGAUCUAGUGCUGCCAUUACCCGGUUUCGACGUCAUGUACCCUGCCAACGAACUCGGCGCCUACUACUCAGAAUACAUGGGCAGCGAAGAAGGAGGGAAACUGAACCCCAGAGACAUGCGCAGGAAAUGGAGAGACGUGUCUCUAUCAGGCUCUUACCGCAAAUUGAUGGCCAAACCUCAAGGCUUGGCUUGGGAAGUAAAACCUUACUUCCAAGACGAAGAACAACUCGUCCAGACCGACUUGGACAAAUUAAUCGCCAAGGCCAAAGAAGAAGGAAAUGCAGAUGCUUUGGGCGGCGCAGAGGCACUGCUCGGCUCUGAUAAGUCUCUGGAGAAAUCAUUGGAGAAGAGCUCAGAAGGCAAUGAUAAAUUGGCGGUGGUCAUCAAGAUGCAAUUGGGCAGUUCGCAAUACGCCACCAUGGCUUUGCGUGAAUUGACAAAGGGUGGUGCUGUGGCUUUCAGACCUGAUUUCCAGGGUGGAAGACUGGACGUCAAGACGACAGAGUAA